AUGGCCAAUAACGCCCUUAUCCCCUUCCUGGUCACGAUGAUGCUCGUGACCGGGGUGUGCAAUACCAUUCUUAAUAAGUAUCAGGAUAUGCAAUGUGUGCGGAAUUGCGACUCGCCUGACCCCAGCCAGCGGAAGCUGUUCGAGCAGCCGGUCAUUCAAACAGCUACAAUGUUCAUUGGCGAGAUGGGCUGUUGGUUAGUACUCGGCCUCAAUUUGCUUUACCGCCGAUACGUCGCACCACGCCUAUCCAGCGGCCCUUCACCCCUCCUAGCCGGCGGAUAUCACCCGAUCAACGGCGAUGAUGACGGCAUCGAUCACGACGAUGAUCACGGAGUGGAUGGACUCGACUCCGAUAGCAGACGCCCCAAGCCCCUGGAAGAGGAUGACACUCGCGUCCCGCUCCGCGGGUGGAGGACCUUCCUUCUUGCAGCGCCGUCAAGCUGCGACAUUGCCGGCACAACCCUCAUGAACGUAGGUCUGCUGUUUGUGGCAGCAAGUAUUUAUCAGAUGACCCGUGGAGCCCUCGUCCUCUUCGUCGGUUUGUUCAGUGUCAUCUUCCUGCGCCGCAAGCUCCACUUGUACCAGUGGAGUGCAUUGUUCAUUGUCGUCCUCGGCGUGGCAAUUGUUGGUCUCGCCGGAGCUCUGUUUAGUAAUGAGCCGGGCCACGAUGUCACGCAGAAAGCGUCUCAUGCUAUGAUGCAGGCGCGUGCUGUCGCCCGAACCCCCGAGGCUGUACAGGCCAUCAUUGGUGUACUCCUUAUUGCUGCGGCGCAGAUAUUCACAGCCUCGCAGUUUGUGCUGGAAGAGUGGAUUUUGGAGAACUACGCCAUGGACCCGAUCCAGGUUGUGGGUUGGGAAGGCGUGUUCGGCUUUUUGGUUACUGUCGUCGGCAUGGUAAUCAUGUAUCUUGCUGUUGGACGGACCGAUGCCGGUCGGUAUGGCUACUUUGAUAUCAAGGAGGGAUUGCAUCAGGUCUUCAACAACCGUGCUGUUGCCACUUCCAGUGUGUUUAUCAUGAUCAGCAUUGGUGGUUUCAACUUCUUUGGUUUGUCCGUCACUCGCACGGUCUCCGCCACUUCCCGCAGCACAAUCGAUACUUGUCGGACGCUCUUUAUCUGGCUUGUCUCGCUGAGCCUUGGCUGGGAGUCCUUCAAAUGGCUUCAAGUUCUCGGCUUCGUGCUCCUCGUCUACGGAACCUUCAUGUUCAACGAUAUCGUUCGGCCUCCGCUCAAAGCCUGUCUACCCCGUCACCGGAGAGAGGGACAGGUAUUGCUUCCCCAGGAACCCAUUGAGCACAUUUGA